UCAUCCAAUGGUGGGACGAACCCUAUCUGCUUGGCCAACACCGCAUUUCCUUUGCUUUAUCUACGAUGCUCAUGCUUCUCCAUCCUCCCCAUUUCAGCUCAUUGUCUACCGCUUCGUAGGUUCAGGUUCGGGUCACACACAGCCAACCUCAAUUUUCAGUUUAAUUUGUAGUUUAAUGGUCGGUGCUGUUUGUGAGUUUUGGUUGGGGUUAUGGCUAUGGCGUUAAGCUGCAGCUCCUUGCAUCUCUCCCUGCCGCCUCGUCGUUUCUGCUUCAAUUCACCUCUCACUUCGCGCGAGCCUCAGAAUGGUAGUAGAGCUGUUCAGCCCCUAGGUCGUAAUGCUUCAAGACUAGUUUCCAGGAGAAAUUCCCAUACUCAACGCGGGCGGACUCUGUUAGUACGAGCAGCGGACAACGAUGGAAGCAGCGAAGCGGACGCACGAAGGCUAGAGGAACUCGAAGCUCGCCUGGGAGUUAACCGGAAAAGCCGACGGGAGGGGGGAGGAGUCCAGUCCCCACCCCCUGCUCCUAAACCGGCAGCACCAGCGAAAGCCUGGGAUGACAUGUCGCUUGCAGAGAAAGCUUGGCAGUUGUAUAUAGGCGAAGAAGGAGCUCUGUUCUGGCUAAACAAAGCAGCUUACGCUUCAAUUUUUAUUAUCAUCGGCGGGUGGAUUGUGUUCAGAUUCGUCGGGCCAGCGUUGGGCUGGUACGAGCUCAGUAGUCCCCUGUUGCCGCCUGAACAAGUGAUCGCUGGUACUGCAGGCAGGUAGUGUAGCACCUAGAACACUUUCGAGGUUGGGUAGAUUUGUACAAUUAAAUUCCGAAUUUUUUACAAAACAAUGCGCACUUCGCACCAGUCGACUUGCGUAUUUUGCUGAUUGACCCCUGCUUGGAGAUUUUUUAAACUAAGAGCCCUAUAUGUGCAUCUAAAGCUCGUCCACUGUGACCCUAUCUGGUAUCAGAAAUUGAGUGUUGAAAUUUUCGCGCUUCUAAA